GAGACAAUACGUUUGAGGUCAAGGACACGUUAAAUACUCAGACUUGAUCACUAUGCAAUGUAUAUGUGCAUCCAUGCUGCACACUGCGCCCCAUCAGUAGGAAUGAUUACUGUGUGUCGAUUAAGAAUAAAAAAAUGUUGUAAAGGGGCGGUAGGUUUGCCUCUAAACACCAUCAGUCAGUUUCACGGUGUUGGUAAGAUCAGCUCAGGAUUGAGACCUAAGGGAAAUUGCCCCUGUGGCUCUUCUCUAAGAGGGGGACACAGUAAAUACACCAUGACAAUAGUCUGAACAACCCUCCGUGUUAUGCAAAACGGGGCUGUCAUUUUCAACCCCGGGACACAUCUGUGACAAGCUUAUUAAAAAUCCAGAUGUCCAACCCCACCCCAGACCUAUUAAGUCAUAAUCUCUCAGUCAUUACAAUGGCAAGUUUCCUUCCACCACUCCAGGCCAGCAGUGACGUAAUUCAAAAGCGCAAGUCAUUGAAAGCAGUUCUGCGAAUAUGUAGCUUUUGAUGAUCAGGAGUAAAUUUAGAGUACCCAGAGUAUUGCAUGUUCUGUCUGCCCAUCGUCAGGCUUCUGAUAAGAAUUUCACAGCAGAAAACUCUGAGGUUGUAGUCUCUAGUAGGACAGAUGUGUCGCCAGUGAAGGGUGAUCUGCUCUUACCACCAUCUAAACUGAGGUACAACAAUGUUCUCAAAUGAAGAUCAGGGAGCCAGUCAGGAAAUGUACUUGAGGUAUGCUGAGGAAGACCCUGCAGGAUGGCAUAGUCAAUCCAACAAUAAGAAAAGAUUUGAAAACUGUACCGAAAUUCUACUGUUGUCCAAUCGAAGGCUGCCCCAGAGGCCCUGACAGACCAUUUUCUCAGUUUUCUCUCGUAAAACAGCACUUUAUGAAAAUACAUGCUGAGAAGAAGCACAAAUGUAGUAAGUGCAGCAAUUCAUAUGGUACAGAAUGGGACCUGAAAAGACACACAGAGGACUGUGGCAAGACCUUUCGGUGCACAUGCGGCUGUCCCUACGCCAGUAGAACGGCAUUGCAGUCUCACAUCUACCGAACGGGCCACGAGAUCCCUGCAGAACACAGGGACCCACCUAGUAAGAAAAGGAAAAUGGAAAACUGUGUGCAAAACCAGAAGUUAUCCAACAAGACCAUUGAAUCAUUGAACAACCAACCAAUCCCUAGACCAGACACUCAAGAACUAGAAGCUUCAGAAAUAAAACUAGAACCAUCUUUUGAAGACUCUUGUGGCUCUAACACUGACAAGCAGAGUCUUACAACACCACCGAGAUAUCCUCAGAAGUUGCUUUUACCAAAGCCCAAAGUGGCUUUGGUUAAACUACCCGUGAUGCAGUUUUCUCUCAUGCCUGUCUUUGUGCCUACAGCCGACUCCUCAGCCCAGCCUGCGGCGUUAGGUGUUGAUCAGGGCUCUGCCACAGGAGCUGUGCACUUACUACCCUUGUCAGUAGGAACCCUGAUCCUCGGCCUAGAUUCAGAGGCUUGCUCUCUUAAGGAGAGCCUACCUCUUUUCAAAAUUGCUAAUCCUGUUGCUGUUGAGCCAAUAAGUACUGGUGUUCAAGUGAACUUGGGUAAAAGUCCAUCUAAUCCUUUACAAGAACUGGGGAACACAUGUCAAAAGAACAGCAUUUCUUCAAUCAACGUGCAGACAGAUCUCUCUUACGCCUCACAAAACUUUAUACCUUCUGCACAGUGGGCCACCGCUGAUUCCUCUGUGUCAUCUUGUUCUCAAACUGAUUUGUCGUUUGAUUCUCAAGUGUCUCUUCCCAUUAGUGUUCACACUCAGACAUUUUUGCCCAGCUCUAAGGUAACUUCAUCUAUAGCUGCUCAGACUGAUGCAUUUAUGGACACCUGUUUCCAGUCAGGUGGGGUCUCCAGAGAAACUCAAACCAGUGGGAUACAAAGUCCAACAGAUGACCAUGUACAGAUGGACCAAGCUAGAAUGUGCGGAGACAUUUUUGAGAGUGUUCAUUCAUCAUAUAAUGUUGCUCCAGGUAACAUUAUAAGUAACAAUUUAGUAGCAGAGACAGUAACUCAUAGUUUGUUACCUCAGAAUGAGCCUAAGACUUUAAAUCAAGAUAUUGAGAAAUCUGCACCAAUUAUAAACUUCAGUGCACAGAAUAGUAUGCUUCCUUCACAGAACAUGACAGAUAAUCAGACCCAAACCAUAGAUUUAUUAAGUGAUUUGGAAAACAUCUUGUCAAGUAAUCUACCUGCUCAGACAUUGGAUCAUCGUAGUCUUUUGUCUGACACAAAUCCUGGACCUGACACCCAGCUCCCAUCUGGCCCAGCCCAGAACCCUGGAAUCGAUUUUGAUAUUGAAGAGUUCUUUUCGGCCUCAAAUAUCCAGACUCAAACUGAAGAGAGUGAACUUAGCACCAUGAACACGGAGCCAGUUUUGGAGUCACUGGACAUAGAGACUCAAACGGACUUCUUACUCGCAGAUACCUCUGCUCAGUCCUACGGAUGUAGGGGAAAUUCUAACUUCUUAGGCCUUGAGAUGUUUGACACACAGACACAGACAGACUUAAACUUUUUCUUAGACAGUAGCCCUCAUCUGCCUCUAGGAAGUAUUCUGAAACACUCCAGCUUUUCCAUGAGUACCGAUUCAUCUGACACAGAGACCCAAACUGAAGGAAUUUCUACUGCUAAAAAUAUACCUGCUCUAGAAAGCAAAGUUCAGUUGAAUAGUACAGAAACACAGACCAUGAGUUCUGGGUUUGAAACCCUGGGGAGCUUGUUCUUCACCAGCAAUGAAACUCAAACAGCAAUGGACGACUUUCUUCUGGCCGAUCUGGCCUGGAACACAAUGGAGUCUCAGUUCAGCUCUGUAGAAACCCAGACUUCUGCGGAACCACACACAGUCUCCGACUUCUAAAACUAACAGUGGAGUCCGUGUGUGAAACAGCAUCUACCAUUUCCUCUGGAGUAAAACUAUGGACUGGGGACAACAGUAUUAAUUCGAUUGAAUGUAGUUGAUGAUGCAGUUGCUUAGCUUCUUUGCGAUUCUUUGCCUUUUGAACUUGUAAAGAGAAAUUUGUGUAUAAAUGUGAGUAUAUUAUAAAGUUUGAAAUGUUGAUCUAAAUUGUUUUUGUGUUGCCUACAUUUGCCUUUUCACAGCUAGUCUUUUCAUGUUAAAAAAAAA